GUUAGGGAUUAGAUCGGGUCGGUUAUCUUACCCACCCAUUUUAAGAGAGCGUUUGUUUUUUCCCUUAGGAAAAAUCAAGAGAUAAUUAUCAUUCAGAUUCUAUUCACCUCUGAUUUCAACUUGAUGAAAUGUUAUGCAGUUGAUUCGGGGUCACAAGGUAUCCUCAACUAUCGUUGUUCUGAAUUUUUUUAAUUUUGAUCUUGAAAGAGAUAGAUAAGGAGCCACUAUAAAGUUGUGAGGACUCAUUUCCUGCUGAAAUAAUGGCAUCUCUAUCUCAGAUUCCAUCUAUAAUGUGUACGAUUACUCUCUCACAAACCAGUUGUAGGAAAUUGAACUUGCGGAAAACCUUUGACCAUAGAUUCACAUUCCUCCGAAGGACUGUUUGCUGCACGAAAUCUUCUCCUUGGGAACCUUCACCUGUCACAUAUGCCCUUACUGAUGGCACUGCAGAUGAAUUUCUAAAGGAAACUCCUAAUAUAUUUCAAAAACUGAAUUCCAACAAAACCAUUGAAGCUUCAUUGCCCAUCACAGAGGAGCUUGCGGAUGAAAAUAAACAGUCAACCUCACAACUUCAGUACCUCAGAUGGCCCCUAUGGCUUUUAGGUCCUCUACUUCUCCUUGUCACAGGAAUAGUCCCCACCUUGUGGCUACCAAUAUCUUCGAUUUUCCUUGGGCCCAACAUAGCCAGCCUCCUUUCCUUGACUGGGCUAGACUGCAUAUUCAAUCUUGGUGCAUCGUUGUUUCUCCUCAUGGCUGAUUCUUGUGCCCGUCCAGAAACAUCAACUCGAUCUUGUAUCAGUCAGGCGCCAUUAAGUUACCGUUACUGGAAUAUUAUCGCUAGUGUAGCAGGCUACAUCAUUCCAUUGUCUUUGAUCUUCUGCUCCCAAAGUGGAUUACUCCAGCCUCAACUCUCUUUCAUCUCGUACGCAGUUCUAUUGGGUCCUUACCUUCUGCUAUUAACAGUACAAAUACUGACAGAGAUGCUUACAUGGCAUUGGCAGUCACCAGUUUGGCUUGUCACCCCGGUUGUAUAUGAAACUUAUCGUGUGUUGCAGCUAAUGAGAGGGUUGAAGCUCGGUGCUGAGCUUGGAUCGCCAGGAUGGAUGAUGCAUGCUCUCCGAGGGCUGGUCUGCUGGUGGGUGGUGGUCCUUGGUAUGCAGCUCAUGAGGGUUGCCUGGUAUGCAGGUUUCACAGCUACUACUCAGCAAAAACUGUCCACUACUGCUGUCAGUGAAGAAUCUUACUUAGUUGUGUAAAAUGUAAAUCGUGGAUAUGCACAUCUGCCCAUAUAUAACUGCCAGCUUAAAGCAAUUUGUAUGCCAGCCUAGAACAAUAUGUAUAUAAUGCAUUAUAUUUAACGGUUUGUCUACUGUGUGCUCAUGGGCACACGCCUAGCACUAAAUUUUAUGCAUUGAACUCAUUUUGAUUGGUGUAA